CCCGUGUCAUCAAUUAUCAAACAGUCGUUAGGUCAACAACAAGUGCCGGCCGGAAGCAGUCAUCAUGGCAGAGAAAGAACUGUUCGACUUCAAGCAUUUAUUGGACGAAUUUACUGCCUCAAAAACACCAGAACAUUAUAUUUUGAUGGAACAUUAUGUUAACGCAUUCAACGACUUGUCACGGUUCUUUGUUCUGAUGGGCACCGCUUUUGGCUUCGUCUCCAAGGACAUCAACGAGAAAGUGGGCAUCCUGAAAGCCCACCGCGCCGAGAACCCGGACCACUUCGUCACCAUCCAAUCCAUGGUGGCCUACGAGGUCGAAAACAACCUGACCCAAGCCAAGACCCCAUCGGGUCUUCUCUCCGGCUCCCGCACCUUGCUUCGCCUCCACCGAACCAUGGAUUUCGUGGCAAAGUUCCUCGGGCGAUUGCAAGACAUGAAGGACGACGAGUACACGAGCAAGCCCGCCGCGGAGGAAUAUAACAGAUCGCUGGGCAAGUUCCACCCCUGGAUGAUUCGUAAGAUUGCGGGCCUGGCCAUGUACACGCUGCCCACCCGCGCGGUCUUCAUCCGGAAGUACUGCAAACAGGAGAAAGAGGAGCUAGAGAAGUUGGUCGGGCCGACGGCUGCGAUUAUGACGGAGAUUGCUGACAUCACGCAGCAGUUGUACACCGAUAAUGACUUACUGGAUCUCCCUUGAUGAUAACUUACAUGCAGUCUAAAAAUUUAGGACAAUCAACAUGCUGUAUUGAGACUUAAAUUUUAAGCUAAUAUGAAAUGGCCGCUCAUACUUACUAGGUACAGUGAAGUGUGUGAAUUGAAUACCUCACGCAAAGGCUCUACAGUGGAACACCGCUAUAACGAACAUCGCGGGAUCCACAGAAACUGUUCGUAAAUAGCGAUCGUUCGGUAUAGCGAUUUUAAGCUGCCAGUGCUCCGAUACUCAUUUUUCAAUAAAUAGCGCCCUUCAGAACUUCCCCCCUUCACGCCCUGGUACUAUUGGCUCCUGAAAGAUCACUUAGAAUACGUGCCGACUAUUGGAUAAUGUCAUUACACAGAUUGUGAGCUUACUACCGGUACCUACAGCAAUGGGUGGCUUUCCCCUUCUAUUCCUUGGGGAAAUAAUAGCCACUUUUCACUCUUUCAUUGUAUUUCCAUACAUCCUUAACUGUGCUGUUACACCCCAACUCUGGUAGGGGUGUGCAUCGCAGCUGGGUACCAGUGUACCCAAACACUGAUGUUCCAGAUUAUGGGAUCGGAUACUAGUGUGUGAAGUAAAUACCUCGCCCUAACGCUCCAUUUCCAUACAUUUUAGGCAGUGUAUAUUUUGCUGGAGACGGCAAACCUUUAGUAAACGUUAGUUUGCCGGAUAUGCACUGAACAUGCGCAGUUACUGUUUUUUGGUAC